GCACGCACGACGACGACUCCGAAACCUACGACGAGGAAGUCGCGCGCGCGCGCGCGAUUAUACGCGAGUCAAUCCCACGGCGCCGUCACCGCAUCGCGAAGAGUUUAUCAGCGAGAUGAUAGUGGUGGCGGCAGCAGCGGCGACGACGGCGACGGCGGCGCAAAAGCGACAGCAGCGACAACGGCAACGAUACGAACUGCACGCGAUCACGUACGAGCGGCAUGAAGCAAGACGCGAGUCGCGCCGGUCGACCGGCUCACGAACGCCGACGAAUGCCGAGCGCGGCCGAACGACGCCGAGCGUGGCCGAAUCAAAUCAGCCAUUUCUAAGUUUCGAGCGCGGUAGAUUUGAAUGCGAUAAGUUGAAGCAAGAGAUGAAAGGAAAGAGGAACAGAGACAAGCAAGGUGUAGAAGGUGCAACUAAAACGAGCAAACAUUCUCGGGAGCCGUCUGGCUCCCUCCAAAUUAUAGUACCGUAUUUACGUCAAUAUUUUGAUCUGACGAGUCGCUCAACUGACGUCGUCGCAUCCGUCAUCGUCUGCGAAAAUUUAUUGUCGAAUAGGAUCAAGAUGCCAAUACUCAAAAAGAGUAAAGAAGACGCCAACAAGGAAGCCUAUAGUAUAGAUGCCUCACAGGAAGCCAAAUCUUUUUUAGAGAAAAUCAUGGGUGAUGUGAGCAAAUCUUCGGCGACCAAACAGAUAAUCAUUGGUACCACAUCAGGAUGGGUAACUGGAUUCGUCACCAUGAAGAUUGGGAAGGUGGCAGCCUGUGCAGUCGGUGGUGGAAUCAUCAUGCUGCAAAUAGCUGCACAUCAGGGUUACAUAAAAAUUAAUUGGGAAAAGAUUAUGAGUAAAGCUGAAAAAAUAACAGAUAAGGUGGAAGAAAAAAUUACCGGCGAAGGGCCAAAUUUCAUGGAUAAGGCCGAGAGAUUCGUCGAUAAAAAGCUGGAUAAAGCCGAGCGAUUGCUGAAACAAGGGAAGACCUAUACGCGGCGCUGGUACCAUAUGUUGACCGGCGGCGACGAUAGCUUCCAGCCAACGGAAUUCCAUUUCUUUCUAGUUUCGUAUGUGGCGGGAGUCGCCAUCGGUAUCGCCACAGCUAACUAGGUAAUAAGUUGCUGCAUUCUGAAUACAACCAAGAGAAAGAUCGACAUCCAUGUCGCGUCAAAAGACAGCUGCUCCACUACUAUUGACGCACAUGAUAAUGUCGUCGAUGAGUAUAACAAUACAAUCAUGGACGAGGUAAGAAACAAGAUCAACGUAUUGAAGAAAUGGGUCGCGCGAAAUACGCUUAAUAAUCCUAGAUAAAUAUCUUUAUUUUUUAGUCUGUCACUAUUGUUAGCGAUGAGUAAAACUUAUUCUUGUAUUGUAGAAUUGCUUAUAUUUUUCCUUCUUUUAGAGAUCCUAAAAUAACAAUAGAUAACGGAAUAAUUUCAAUUA